ACCCGGUCAGGGUCCUUUCAUAACAACAACAUGGCUGCCUUGUGUAGAGGCAGACACCGGUGGAAAAGGAUUCAUAGUUUGUUUGUUUUAACAAGAAACCUGUCAGGGAAGUAUGACUAUGACCUGGUGGUUAUUGGUGGCGGUUCAGGAGGGCUUGCCUGCUCCAAAGAAGCAGCACAGUUGGGACAGAAGGUUGCCGUUUUAGAUUAUGUGGAGCCAUCUGUCAAAGGUACCAAGUGGGGGCUUGGCGGUACGUGUGUUAAUGUUGGCUGCAUUCCUAAGAAGCUCAUGCACCAGGCUGCUCUGCUUGGCACUGCAGUCAAAGAUGCUAAGAAGUUUGGCUGGCAGAUCCCAGGGCCAGUCUGCCAUGACUGGGCCACCAUGGCAGAUGCUGUUCAGAACCAUGUCAGGUCACUGAACUGGGGUCACAGAGUUCAGCUCCAGGACAAGAAAGUAAAGUAUCUUAACGUGAAAGGAAGUCUGGUGGACGAACACACUGUUAAAGGAUUAACCAAAGCAGGAAAAGAGAUGGUCGUCACUGCCAAGAACAUCGUCAUCGCUACAGGUGGACGGCCUAAGUACCCCACGAAUAUCCCUGGAGCGAUGGAGCAUGGUAUCACCAGUGAUGACAUAUUCUGGCUGACAAAAUCGCCUGGAAAAACACUUGUGGUUGGAGCCAGCUAUGUGGCACUGGAGUGUGCAGGGUUCCUCACAGGUAUCGGCUUAGACACCACAGUGAUGGCUCGCAGUAUCGCCCUCCGGGGGUUUGAUCAGCAAAUGGCAGGUCUUGUGACAGACUACAUGGAGACAUAUGGUACCAAGAUUGCAUGGAAAUGUUUCCCAAAGAGAGUGGACAAACUGUCCUCGGGAGCCUUGCAGGUUACCUGGAUUGAUACCCAGACAGGCAGCGAGCACAAGGACACCUACGACACCGUGUUAUGGGCAGUUGGUAGAGCCCCCGAAACCAAAGCCCUGGGCCUUGACAAGCUUGGUGUCCAAGUCAACAAGGAGACAGGGAAAAUAGUUUUAGGUGCUGACGAAUCCACAUCGAUGCCAAACAUAUACGCCUUUGGUGACAUUGGGGAGGGUCGUCCUGAGUUGACUCCGACAGCUAUAAAAGCGGGAAAGCUUCUCGCCCACAGACUGGCUGGUCAGAGCACUGAGAUCAUGAACUAUGACAAUGUGCCGACCACAGUAUUCACACCGCUGGAAUACGGCUGUGUAGGUUUGUCAGAGGAGGAGGCGGAGAAGAGGCAUGGGAAAGACGGCAUAGAGGUCUACCAUGCUUUCUACAAGCCUCUGGAAUUCACCGUCUCUGAGCGAAAUAGCAGCCAGUGUUACAUAAAGGUGGUGUGUGAGCGUGAUGGAGGUCAGAAGAUCCUGGGUCUGCACUUGACUGGUCCAAAUGCUGGAGAAGUCACACAGGGAUUUGCUAUGGGCUUUCAGUGUGGGGCAACAUAUUCCCAUCUGUUGCAGACAGUAGGCAUCCACCCGACAUGUGCAGAGGAGGUGGUCAAGGUCCACAUCACCAAGCGCUCUGGCUUGGACGCCACCGUCACCGGUUGCUGAGGUUAAGCUCCUCGGUCUCUGAGCACUAGUGAGCACACAGGCUCCCUCAAUGACAGUAGAAAGAAGUUAGCCUGGGCGUUUCGCGCUUUCUCCUCCUCCUCCCUCUCCUGCGCUGACAUGGCCUCAUCAGAUUUAUGAUGUACCUCCUGUGCACCGGAGUCUCAUCUGAGGUCAGUCAUAGAAGUCCUGCCUAGGUGUAGUUGGUCAUGCGAUAACCCAGCCUGUGUAUCGGACAUUCACACGUACACAUGUUGUGUGUAUGUUUUUAAAAAGCACACACCACUACAGAUCAGGUUAGUGAGAGCCAAAGCUGCAGAGUGAGCUUCUUUUAAAUAAACAGGCUCAUCAAUCAGGAUUAAGGCCUGUGCCCACGUUUUGUUGAAACCAUACGAGAAAACUAGAACGAUCCCUAACGUUUUUCUGAAUAUAUAUUCUGCAAAUAUUGUUGUUUCUCUGGCUGUACUUCCUGUCCAUUAGUCUUGGAGGUGACACAUACCACACACCCCCACCCCCUCCUUAUCCCCCAUGACACUGAUGGAUGGCCCCAGAGCCGUCGCCGCAGCGACACCGCCCCAUUUCCCAUGGACACACACAAACAGUCGGCAGGCCGCCUGUCUGUCAGCCAGUGAGGACCCGGGCCAGGGAAACCCUAGCUUGUUUAGUGUCCGAGAGUCCAGCAGACCCCCAAACUGUUUCUCCUCCUCAGUCCUAAAUCAUGAAGGUCUAUAGGUGGACUGCAAACAUUUGCUGUCAGAAGCUGUGUGGAUGCCACAGCCCAGGCACAGAACAGCCCUAUCUAUUGACAUCAGUAAUGAGAGCUGUAUUACAGCUGUACUACUCACCCUCGCCCAAAGGUGGCACUGUCACCCUCCAUUUCUCCAUAUUUAUUCUGAAGGCAGGAAAGACAGCAACAUAAUAGUAUCCAGUAAUCACUGGAUAUAAUAUAAGCCUGAAUACAUUCAGGUUGCACAUAUAAUCCCUUUAAUCCCCGUUUAUAAAGAUGUAUUUUCUGGGUGAAGCUGGAGAGCACGCUGGCUUUAUUGGUGCCAAACCGAUAAGGGUUAUCUGUUGUGUAUUUACAUGGCUGACAGGUUAGGCCUUAAGAGUCAUCACUAUCGAAGAUAAGGUGAGUUGUUUAUGUCAAUAAAGCAAUAAUAGACACUCACUGUUGCCCAACACGCUCAUACGUUCAACCAGCUGCCUCCACUGGACAUCUUGCGUCUAUUAAGUAGAGGAGGAGGAGGAGGAGGAGGAGGAGAACUGUCAAUAUGGCUGUCGGCUACAGAAGUCGGGGGAGCUAAGAGUGAGUAGGUUGGUGGUUGUAGUUUAUUUUUAUUUGAAGUCUAAUCUGUCCUGUCUGAUUAAUGAUUUCGAUGAGGGGAGUGACAGCGUGCCAGGAGAUGGAGAAAGGAAAAAGACAGCGAAGACCAGGUUUAUUUGGACCGGGGUUGGAGGAGAGAGAGCUGAGUUUCAGCCCUGGUUAGGGAGGGAAGGGGGAUUCCUGUGUGCUCUAUUCAGGGCCGAGGUGCUGACUGAAGGACCCUGACCUCCGCUCAGCAGGAACAGCUUGACUCUAUCACUCGGAGCACAGAGGGCUCACAUACUGCGCUGCUGCACAGCAGGGG